UCAUAUUCUGGCAACAUUAAUUAAAUGUCGGACAGCGGCAUUCCACAUACGUGUUAUGUUUAUUUUAUUUUAAAUUAGCAGUAACUUUUACCUGAAAUUUAGAUUAACAAUGAAAGCUUUAUGCCUUUUGUUUGUACUCUGGAGUGUAGUAAAUUGUGAUGAACACACACACACUUAUAAUGAUAAAGAGCAAGUCGUGCUAUGGAUGAAUACGGUAGGCCCAUAUCACAAUCGUCAAGAAACUUAUGCCUUUUUUUCGCUGCCUCUUUGUGGUGGCACCAAAGUGAAAAUUGCGCACUAUCAUGAAACAUUGUCGGAAGCUCUUCAGGGUGUUGAAUUAGAGUUCAGUGGUCUGGACAUUGCCUUCAAGGAAAAUGUUCCAGCACAACAAUAUUGUGCCAUAUCACUUACUGAGCAACACUAUUUAGCGCUCGUUUAUGCAGUGAAGAACCACUAUUGGUAUCAGAUGUACAUAGAUGACCUACCUAUUUGGGGCAUUCUUGGAGAAAUUGAUAGAGACCAGUAUUACAUUUGGACUCAUAAGAAAUUUGAUAUUGGAUACAAUGGCAAUAGAAUUGUUGAAGUAAGUCUUACUGCUGAGAAUAAAGAACUUUUAACACCCAAUGCGAAUAUCCCAUUCACUUAUGAAGUUAAUUGGAAGAAGAGUGACAUCAGCUUUGAAGAUCGAUUUGACAAGUAUUUGGACACAAACUUUUUCCAACACAGGAUCCAUUGGUUUAGUAUCUUUAAUAGUUUCAUGAUGGUUAUAUUUCUAGUAGGUCUAGUCUCUAUGAUUUUGAUGAGAACCCUACGUAAAGAUUAUGCUAGGUAUUCUAAGGAUGAUGAUCUUGAUGAUUUAGAAAAGGAUUUGGGUGAUGAAUAUGGUUGGAAGCAGGUGCAUGGUGAUGUGUUCCGCCCAGUUCCACAUUUGGCUUUAUUCUCUGCCUUGGUUGGUUCUGGAUACCAACUCACUGUUGUGACUCUGGGUGUUAUUAUUUUCACUAUAUUUGGUGAACUCUAUACUGAAAGGGGUUCCUUGCUAUCAACUGCCAUAUUCAUUUAUGCUGCAACCUCUUCAAUCAAUGGUUAUUUUGGGGGCUCUCUUUAUGCAAGAAUGGGUGGGAAACUUUGGAUCAAACAGAUGCUUCUCUCUGCUUUCUUGCUUCCUGUGAUGGUGUGUGGGACAGCAUUCUUCAUCAAUUUCAUUGCUAUGUAUUAUCAUGCCUCUAGAGCCAUCCCAUUCAGCAGCAUGAUUGCAGUCAUGUCAAUCUGUACUUUUGUUAUUUUGCCCUUGACAUUAGUGGGCACUGUUCUCGGCCGCAACCUGGCUGGCCAACCUGAUUAUCCUUGCCGCAUCAAUGCUGUCCCUAGACCAAUACCUGAAAAGAAAUGGUUUAUGGAGCCUCUUGUUAUCAUCCUUAUGGGAGGUAUCCUUCCCUUUGGAUCCAUUUUUAUCGAAAUGUAUUUCAUAUUUACCUCAUUCUGGGCCUACAAAAUUUACUAUGUCUAUGGAUUCAUGUUGCUAGUAUUCUUGAUUCUGAUGAUUGUGACUGUAUGUGUGACUAUUGUUUGUACAUACUUCUUGCUGAAUGCCGAGGACUAUCGCUGGCAGUGGACUAGCUUCUUGUCUGCUGGAAGCACAGCUCUCUAUGUCUACAUGUAUUCAUUCUACUACUUCAUAUUCAAAACUAAAAUGUAUGGGCUUUUCCAGACUACUUUCUAUUUUGGGUACAUGGCUCUGUUUAGUUUGGCUCUUGGUAUUAUAUGUGGAACUGUUGGAUAUUUGGGUACUAGCAUAUUUGUUCGGAAAAUAUAUUCAACUGUGAAAAUUGAUUAAUGCAUUUAUGCUAUUUGAUAAUAUGAGUAUGUCCUGAUUCCAAUUAAAUAUGAGUUUUUUUAGUUAUUAAUUUCAUUAAUACUUAAUAUAACUCAAAUGAAUUCAUUUUGAGAUUAUUUUAUUUUGUGUUUGAAUAUU